ACCCCGCAGUAGCCCAAUAGUGAUCCAUCCAUCCGGACGCGAUCAGCCAAUACUUUCCACACGCACUGGCUACAGCAGUCUGACGUGUUCGCCGUUCGCGAUCCUUUACCACCGGCACCAGGAUGAACUUCUGGUUCCUUUGUCUCCUGGUUUGCGUCGGUGUGGCGACCGCGCAGCUUUCCAGAAAGGAACAGGCUGCUGAACAGGCCCGCAGAAGAGUUGGUAUAGCUUCGAGAUCCAGGGAACCAACGGACAGCAAACCCCAGAAGAAGGAAGAAGAAGAAUACGACGAAGAGGAGUACGAAGAAUCACCGAGUGCCAUCAAGCAGUUCAAGUGCCCGGAACCUAACGGAUACUUUCCAGAUCCGGAACAAUGCGACAAGUACUACGACUGCCAGGACAAUAAAGCUCAUCCUAAACUGUGCCCGGAUGGACUUGUCUUCAACGACUUCAGUCCUCAGCAAGAAAAGUGCGAUCUUCCCUUCGGCAUCGAUUGCUCAACGAAACCAAAACUCCAACCUCCCAUGCCUACGGUGAACUGUCCACGCUUGCACGGCUACUUUGCGCACAAGGAAGCCGGAGUCUGCGACAAAUUUUACUACUGCGUCGACGGGCAGUUCAACAUGCUAACCUGUCCAGGCGGUUUAGUCUUCUCGGAGAAGACGGGAAUUUGUAAUUGGCCAGACGAAGCUCAGAAGAAAGGAUGCGGCUCCAAGGAGCUGUUCAACUUCACUUGUCCCGCUGUCGACGAUUCCGUCGCGGCGACGCAUCCCAGGUAUCCGGACGUUGAGGACUGCCAGUUCUUCUACGUCUGCGUCAACGGAGUUACCCCCAGGCGCAGUGGUUGUAAAUUGGGUCAGGCCUUCGAUGAAAGGACUGGGAAAUGCGACUGGGCUAGAAAAAUUCCCGAAUGCAAAGACUGGUACAAGGGUCAGUUGACGGACGAAGAAUUAGAUGCCCUGGAGAACCCGCCUCCGAAGCCUAAGCCAUCUGGAGGAUCUAGUCGUAGAAAAAGGCCGCAGAAAAGUCAAGAAUAACUCUAAUAUACUUUAAGAAUAAAACCUGUAAUAGUUUUAAUUAUUAUUUGUAAAGUAUAAUUUUUUUAUUUCGAGAUUGACCCAGUUAAUGUUCUAACUAAAAAAUUCUCUCACAUCUUCUUGCCGUGGCUGGUAUAACUAGGUAGAACUAGUCAGUACUUUCCAACCUGUUUUACGCUUUUGUCAAGGCUAAACGUCAAGUUAUUUAAUAUUUUCCACAAACGAUUAAAUUAAUCAUUCGCUCGCGUAUCUCCUUGGUGACAAUUCCAAAGCUAAUGGAGCCCGAAGCGAUUUGGCUAAAGUUUCAGUUUCACUAAGACCUGUUUCUCUAUACCUGUCUACAAAUAAAGCACUCGUGUCGAUUUA